CAUCCUGUUUGUAGGCUAACUUGAAACAGAAGAUCUCAUCUUCUGCUGCUCACUCCGAAACCCAAAGGUUCUCACAGUCUCUCUCUGAAAUGGCUAUGGUGUGUCUGUCAGACUUUGAAGUUUAUGCUAAAAAGUAUUUACCUAAGACCACCUGGGAUUUUUUUGCAGCGGGAGCAGAUGAUGGAACCACUCGGGAUGACAAUAUCCUGGCAUAUAAAAGGAUUCGUUUUCGGCCACGUGUACUGCGUGAUGUGUCUGUGAUGGACAUUAGGACUAAGCUCCUGGGAACUGAAAUCAGCUUUCCUGUAGGAAUUGCCCCUACAGGCUUCCACCAGCUUGCAUGUCCUGAUGGAGAGAAAAGCACCGCAAGAGCAGCCAAAGCCAUGAACGUUUGUUACAUUGCCAGCACAUACUCCACCAGCAGCCUGGAAGAGAUCUCUGCGGCUGCCCCGGGUGGUUUCCAAUGGUUCCAGCUCUAUAUCCACCGCAACAGGAUGGUUUCUAAGAAGCUGGUCCAACAGGCAGAGGCCUUGGGUUUCCAAGGCCUCGUCCUCACAGCUGACCUGCCCUACACUGGCAAAAGACGUGAUGAUGUCCGUAAUGGCUUCCGGCUUCCUCCACACAUGAGCCUGAAGAACUUGGAGGGAGCUUUUGAGGGAGAUGACCGUUCUGAGUAUGGACUCCCACCCAACAGCUUGGAUCCUUCCAUUAACUGGAAUGAUAUCCACUGGCUGCAGAGCCUUACUCAUCUGCCUAUCAUCGUUAAAGGCAUCUUGACUAAAGAAGAUGCAGAGCUGGCAGUAAGACAUGGAGCUCAGGGUAUUAUUGUGUCCAAUCAUGGUGGAAGGCAACUGGAUGGAGGACCUGCCACGAUUGAUGCUCUGGUUGAAGUUGUGGAGGCUGUACAAGGCAGAGUUGAGGUUUAUUUAGACGGUGGAAUACGAAAAGGCAGUGAUGUAUUAAAGGCACUGGCACUGGGAGCAAAAUGUGUCUUUAUUGGAAGACCAGCUUUGUGGGGGCUUGCUUACAAGGGUGAAGAAGGUCUUCAAGAUGUUUUGAGGAUUUUGCGUGAUGAGUUUCGUUUGUCAAUGGCCUUAACUGGUUGUUCUAGUGUCUCAGAAAUUGGCCGGCACCUAGUUCAAUACUCAAAGUUGUGAACAGCCUCCGGCAACACCCUCUGAACAGAAGCAGCUCAUGCCAACAGUUGAGGUCCCAAAACAGACUGAAAAUAGAAAAACGAAGUGCAAAUGCUCAACCUAUAACAUACUGCUGAUAAAACCUUCAAAAAGCACCCAAGGAAACUAGGAAGACCCCAUGCUAUCAAAGAUCAUCCUUUUCUUUCAUUGAGACCAAUAAGUUCUUUAAAACUGCAGAUAAUUGUUACUUGCUUAAAUACAUUUACUUAAAACUGUC